AUGGAAAUGGAGCUGGAAGGUGGCAGCAACGGGCAAGAAACGGCGGCACGCGCUCCACCGCCGCCAGCGCUGCCAUGGAUGGUGCAGCUCCAGCUCUACAUCAUCGUCGCCGUCGGCAGGAUCGCGAUGAGCCGCAGCGGCACGGUCCACCGCCGCUUCUUCUCCGCCAUCGACCGCUCGGCCCGCACCAGCGCCCGCUCGGACAAGAACGGUGUCCGGUCCGCCGACGUCACCGUCGACGCGUCGCGCGGGCUCUGGGCUCGCGUGUUCUCGCCGUCACAGGCCUCGGCGCCGCUCCCCGUGCUGGUCUACUUCCACGGCGGCGCCUUCACGCUGCUGUCCGCCUCGUCCAUCCCGUACGACGACAUGUGCCGCCGGUUCUGCCACGGCCUCGGCGCCGUCGUGGUGUCCGUCAACUACCGCCUGGCCCCCGAGCACCGGUGCCCCGCCGCGUACGACGACGGCGUGGACGUGCUGCGGCACCUCGCCUCCGCCGGCCUCCCCGACGACGUCGCCGUCCCCGUGGACCUCUCGCGGUGCUUCCUCGCCGGGGACAGCGCCGGCGGCAACAUCGUCCACCACGUGGCCCAGCGCUGGACGGGCGGCAUGGCGCCCUCUAGCCCCACCAUCCUCCGCCUCGCCGGCGCCAUCCUGAUACAGCCGUUCUUCGGCGGAGAGGCGCGCACGGGCUCGGAGGAGAGGCUGGACGGGAAGGCGUGGGUGGUGACCGUGCGGGACUCGGACUGGGCGUGGCGGGCGUUCCUGCCUGAGGGCGCCGACCGGAACCACCCGGCCGCGCACGUGACCGACGAGAGCGCGGACCUGGCGGACGGAUUCCCGCCGGCGAUGGUGGUGGUCGGCGGGCUCGACCCGCUGCAGGACUGGCAGCGGCAGUACGCCGGCGUGCUGGAUAAGAAGGGGAAGGUGGUGCAGCUGGAGGAGUUCGAUGAGGCGAUUCACGGCUUCUUCUGGUUCCCCGAGCUCCCCGAGACCGGCAAGCUCACGGCGAAGAUGAAGGCGUUCAUGGAGUCGAGUGCUUGA